UCUGUUGUUUAUGAGAUGAAAAGGAACAGGUGCCUCCUCCCCACAAGCUCCCCAUCCUCCUCCUCCUCCUCCUCCUCCUCCUCCUCCUCAGGACCUCAUGUAACUAUAAAACACCAGCUGCUCUCUGACAUCCCCACUUUCUCCUCAACAGCUGAAGCUGAAACCUUCACCACUACCACCAAGAUGAACUUCAAGCAGAGCAGCAGUAGGUCCAUGUAUGGGUCCAUAGGCGGAGCUCGAAUGUCCUCCGCUGCCUCCAGCAUGUCGAUGUACAGCGGUGGCGGUGGCGGCAGUGGAGCCAGCUACAGCUUCGGCUUUGGUGGUGGAGCAGGUGGUGGUGGUGGAGCCAGCUACGGCUUCAGCUUUGGUGGUGGAGCCGGUGGUGGAGCAGGUGGUGGAGACAUGAACAUCAGUGCCAACGAGAAGGCCACCAUGCAGAACCUGAACGACCGACUGGCCACUUACCUGGAGAAGGUCCGCAAGCUGGAGGCGGCCAACGCUGAUCUGGAGCUGAAGAUCCGACAGUUCCUGGAGAAGAAGACCUCUCCUUCCUCCGCCGACUACAGCGCCUACUACGUCACCAUCGCAGAUCUGCAGGCAAAGAUCAUCGAAGCCACCAAAGUCAACGGAGCCAUCUACCUCAACAUCGACAACGCUAAACUGGCUGCAGAUGACUUCAAGCUCAAGUACGAGAACGAACUGUCCAUGCGCCAGUCUGUGGAGGCCGACAUCGKRGYACUCAAGAGGCUCCUGGAUGAGCUGACGCUGUCCAGGUCUGAUCUGGAGAUGCAGAUUGAAGGUCUGAGGGAGGAGAUCAUCUUCCUCAAGAAGAACCACGAGGAGGAACUGAUGGCCAUGCGCACUCAGAUGAGCGGCCAGGUGAACGUGGAGGUGGACGCCGCUCCAGGAGCAGACCUCAACAAGGUCAUGGAGGAGAUGAGGGAGCACUACGAGGCCCUCGCCAACAAGAACCGCAAAGAUCUGGAGGCCUGGUUCCAGGCAAAGACAGAGUCUCUCAACAAAGAAGUCGCCGCCAGCACAGAAACCAUCCAGACGUCCAAAUCAGAGAUCACAGACCUGAAACGGAUCCUGCAGGGCCUGGAGAUCGAGCUCCAGUCACAGCUCAGCAUGAAAGCCGGCCUGGAGGCCACGCUGGCAGAGACACAGGGCCGCUACGCCCAGAAACUGGCAGGCUAUCAGAUGCAGGUCACAUGUCUGGAGGAGCAGCUGAUGCAGCUGAGGGCCGACCUGGAGCGGCAGGGACAUGAAUACCAGAUCCUUCUGGACAUCAAGACCAGACUGGAGAUGGAGAUCGCAGAGUACAGGAGGCUGCUGGAUGGAGAGGCAGGCGGCAGCAAGACCUCCUCUACCAAGACCUCCUCCUCUACCAAGACCACCUCCUCUGCCUCUUCGUCCUCCUCGUCCAACACCAAGACCUCCACCACCACCAAGAAACAGAUCGUCAUCGUCGAGGAGGUGGUGGACGGAAAGGUGGUGAGCACCUCCAAACAAGAGGUCACACUCUGAGCUCCAGCAGGAGCCGUGGCAGAAAUAUUCUGCUGAGGAGUUUUAGAAAUAAAAAAUAAAAACAAAAAUGAUCUG